AUGGACCUGGACCCGGACCCAGAUGUGGAUAUGAUGGACAUAGACAUAGACGAUGACUUCUCCGACGAUGAACUAGAUGCUUAUUUCCAGGCGCAUGGGUUGGAUGAAGAAUCUAGGCCACAUCAUUUUGUUUCUCGGGGACAACCACAGGAUCAACCACAUGGACAACCACAGUGUCAAAUACAACGACAUCUUGUAGAGGAGAAAGCACCGCCGCCAUCGGCACAACGGCAACGGGAACCUGAACCGAGCUCGGGACGGAAGACUUCCUCGAAGCGGAAAGGGAAGGGGAAGGCCGUUGAAGAAGAUGUCGUACUUGAUGAUUACUUUCAUGCGGAAGGGCUGAGUGAGGAGUUGGAACUGGAAGAGUAUCAGGAUCAGGGUCAUGAUAGACCACCGCCGUCUUAUCAGAAGCAACCAGAACGGCAAUCAGAACGGCAACCAGAACGGCAACCAGAACGGCAACCAGAACGGCAACCAGAACGGCAACCAGAACGACAACCACUUCACAGCUCUGGACGAAAUUCUAGGUGGAAAGGGAAGGAAAAGGCCGUAGAGAAAUCUUAUGGACAAGGCGAUACAUUCGGUUGCGUUUGUAGGGGGGAUGUGCUUGGGUUAGAUGGCCCCGGUCCCGGUCCCGGUCCUGCUGUACUACAGAGAGCGCAACGGGGACGGAAAGAGAAAGUUCAAGCCUGGCUUGAGAGAGAAGACGAAGAUGGGGAUGAUGAUGGGGAUGAUGAAGGUGCAUCAGGUCACCUCGGAAAGUCAGGAAGGCCAGGGUUAUCAGGCCGACCAGAAAGACCAGGCCGACCAUCCAAAGUCCUCAGCCCAAGCCCCAGUCCCGACCCAACUCUCGGGUCUUCUCCGCCGGUGUUAUCAGGUCUUAGCAUUCGCACCAAGGACAACAACGACACUGCCGCUGGUAACAAGAAAAAUACCAGCCAAGCAAACUGCGAAGACCAAAGCAAACCGGAAGAAAAUGGCAAAGUGGAAGGACAAAUACAAAGACAACCAGAAGAAACUGCCCCAUUCAUAGACCCCUACGACUCAGAAGCUUCCAUCGCCGCUCGCCCCAUCGUCUCUCACGAUCCAGAUCAUCCCAAUCGGCCGAUUGAUCUGGAUGUUAAAGCUGCCAGGGGGGUUAUUCGGCAUGUGCUUGAGAGUGAGAAGUUUCCUGACGUUUGGCCUGCCUCAGCAGAGCCUUCUGACGAGAAUGUAAAGGGGAAUGCUGGGGGUGCCGGAGUUUCAGGGGCUGAAGGUGCAGCCAAUGGUCCGCCGGAGAAAGGAGCUGAGCCUGAGAAAGAAGCUGAGAUGGUGUUAACCGGGGAUAAGGGGAAAGGGGUGGUGAAGGGGGGUGAGGAUGUAAAGGGUGAGGUUAGGGGUAAGAAUCAUCAUAAAGGAUUGGAAAGGGCUGAAGAUGCGGGGAAAGAGAGGGUGGAGGGGGUUGAGGAGCAGACGGGGAAGAAAGAAGUGGUGAUCCCAAAAGGGGUGGUGAUGCUCGUGAAAAGUAUCCAAUAUCUCAAGAUGCCGCCUGAUACUCCGAGUGGAUCAGAGGUUGGUUCGGAGUAUGGAUAUGAGGACGAUUCACAGCGUGGAAGCACUCCCGUUUCAAAGACUUGGAUUGAGAAGGACCAUGAAGAAGCGGAUGGCGACAAUUCCGGUCACUGGCGUAUCGGGAACUACAGCGAGGAUAUUCAGGACAACGGCCAGCGAUCUGAGAAAGGACAUCACGAAGAAAUCCCAGAAACCGACCUUGAAUCUACCAAAAAUGACUCCGACAUCCACAUGUCCAACACUGAUUACCUACUCCCACCAUCCAACCAACUUCUGCCAGCGAGCCAACAAUCCUCCCACAAACACACCUGGUCUCAACGCCACGCCCCCGACCACUCCUCAUCCUCCUCAUCCCCUUCCCUUCCUAUAGACCCCUACAUCCCUCCUCCCCCACGACCACCAAAUCCCUCUCCAUCUCUACCGUCUCAACCGCCCACCGGUCCUCCAGACUUAGUCAUCCGCCUCCUGCUAGACGACGGGGAAUUCUGGGUGCAAGCUAUUUUGAGACCGGAGUUUCAUCAUCUGGUGUUGGGGUAUGAUUUCGAUGAGUGGAUAUCUGAUACGGAAUCGGAAGAUCUGAAACAAAAGGGGGCAAAGGAAGAGGAAGAGAAGGAGCUAGCAGAACAAGAUAAGUGGCAGAGAAAAUGGGAGGAGAAAGCGAGAGGGGAUGUCAGAGAGGGGGUAUAUGUUAGGUUGGUUGGGGAAGUGGUGGUUGAGUUUGAGGAGGUUGAUGUUGAGCCUCAGCCCCUGCCUCAGCCGGUGAAGAAUGAGAAAGACGUGAGUAAGGGCCAAGAAGUGGUGAAAGGCAUAAAUGGGUUGGGGGAGAAGCAGGUUGGGGCUGUAGCAAAAGGAGGAGUCAAAAAUGGAGGGGUAAGGAUGGAUAUAAACGACGACGGGAUCGGUGAUCCGGAGAAGUUGGAGAGAUUGAGAAGGGAGGCCAUGGAACGGAAGUGGUUUGGAAAGGGCAAGGAAGUUGAGGGUGAAGAAAAGACCACGGUAGCAAAAGGACAAGAAGUGGGCAAGCCAAAAGAGGAUGAAACGCCCAAAACAACCAAAAUGGUCUGUCUAGUGGUAGGCCACAUGGUUCCCGUGGGUUGGGACAGGAAUUUCAUGAGGGAGAUGAGGAAAGCAGAACUUAAGGCUAUGGCGGAGGAGCUGGGUCCAGACCCGGAAGUGUCGUCAACAACAACCGGUGACGAGAUGGAUUUGGAUACGAAAGACGACGAGUCGAAAAAGAAGACAAAGGCUGAGAAGAAGGAGAAGGUCGCGAAGCCUUGGUGGGUGGAGACUGGGUAUAGAGCGGAACUGGGGGAAAAGGAGCAGAGGAGGAGAGAAGAAGCACAACGGCGGGCAAAGGAGGCAAAGGAGCGGGAGCAUGGUAUCUCGGACGAGGCUUUGACGAAGGCUCAGAAAGCGAACCCGUCUAAGACCAUCGGUCCAGAUCCCAGAAUCGUUCUUCCGCCAGAGUGGGCAAAUUUGAACAUCUUCGAAGUUGACGCGCUCACAAAGGAAUGGGAGAAAAAGAACAAACCCAAGGAGCCAAAAGAGCAAAAGCUACCGAAACCCGUCAAGAAGCCUAUCAUCACCGCAAGACAAGCACCACAGUUCCGAUCAUCCAUCACUGCGCAGGAAAUCUUCCAGCUGCAGAAUCCCGAUCGAGAACCGGCCAAAGCUCCGGCUGGGCCUGGUUACUUGCCAGCCGAAGCAAGGACACUCCGGCGUGCUCAAGAGGCUCGUCCAGUGGCUAUUGAACAAAAUCAGAUGAUUCAGAGGAAGAUCAAGGAACUUCCUCAACCAAGGGCUCAGCCGCGACCAAAGCAGGAACCGGGGCCACAAGCUCGACCUCAUCUUCAACCUAAUCCAUUGUUACAGCCGCCUCAGGGUCGGCCGCAGGCACAGAUACAACCUCGUCCAGGGCCUAAUUUGAUGGCACAACCUGCUCCCAGACCUUAUCCACAACCUCAUCCACAACCUCAGCCCCAACUGCGACCUCAACCUCGGCAUCAACUGCAACUACCACCGCAGCCUCCAGCCUGGCCAGACUUCCAGCCGCAAAUACAAGCUCGGCCACAGCCCACCACAACUUCAGCCUCGUCCUCAACCUCAACCUCAACCUCACCUCAACCUCAGCUACCCCGUCUUCCACCACCGCCUCCUCAAAUACCCCCUCCCAAACCCAACCCUCACCUAGCCACAAACCCCACCAUCCCCCUCAAACUCUGCACCCUCCGCCAAAUCCCGCACCUCCCCUACGCCCAAAACUGGAUGAUCAACGUCCUCGCCAUCAUCGUGUCCAUCUCCGACGUCGAACCCAGUCCAAUGCCACCCACUUUCACGCAACGCAUCGUGCGCCUAGCCGACCAGUCUACCUCCAAGCACAUCUUGCUCAACGUCUUUUUAGAUGCGGAGGAUUUUGAUCCCAAGCCAGGGGAGGUGGUGCUGUUGAUGGGAGUGAAAAAUCAUCUGUUUGAGGGUGGGUCGUUGAAGAAGUAUUGGAGUGAUCGGCCGCCUGAAGGGGCCAAGUGGAAGUGGUGGAUUGGGGAGGAGGUUUUGGGGAGUAUUGAGUGGUGUAAAGGGGCUGUAGGGGGGUUGAGGGGGUGGUGGAGGGAGAAGGAUGGGGAGAAGGAGGGGGAGAAGGAGAAGGAAGAGGAGGCAGGAUAG